AUGGCCUCCUUCAACCCCACGCAGAUCUUUGAUGACGGUACCACAGAAGAAAAGGGCGAGAACGCUCGUCUUUCUGCGUUCGUUGGCGCCAUCGCUGUGGGCGAUCUAGUGAAGUCUACCUUAGGUCCGAAGGGCAUGGACAAGAUCCUCCAGAGUGCCUCUACGGGGACGAUCUUGGUUACAAACGACGGUGCUACAAUCCUCAAAUCCAUAGCUCUCGACAAUGCUGCCGCCAAAGUCCUAGUCAACAUCUCGAAGGUCCAGGAUGACGAGGUUGGAGACGGAACCACAUCAGUCACAGUGUUAGCUGCUGAGCUACUGAGAGAGGCGGAGAAGCUGGUAGACAAGAAGAUCCACCCCCAAACGAUCAUCGAAGGUUACAGAAUAGCAAGCCAUGCCGCUCUGGCAGCCCUGGAGAAGUCUGCGGUGGACCACAGCAACAAUCCGGAGGCGUUCAGGAAGGAUUUACUGGCUAUUGCGCGCACAACUCUGAGUUCUAAAGUCUUGUCCCAAGACCGGAAUCACUUUGCAGAGUUGGCUUGCGACGCUGUGCUGCGGAUGAAGGGCUCCUCGGAUCUCAGUCACAUUCAGAUCAUCAAGAAGGCCGGUGGAAAGCUCCAGGACUCCUAUCUCGACGAGGGAUUCAUUCUGGACAAGAAGAUUGGUGUCAACCAGCCCAAGAGAUUAGAGAAGGCCAAGAUUCUGGUAGCAAACACUUCCAUGGAUACGGACAAGAUCAAAAUAUUCGGUGCCAGAGUCAAGGUUACUUCAACAGGCAAGCUCGCCGAGCUAGAGAAGGCAGAGAAGGACAAGAUGAAGGCCAAGGUUGAGAAGAUCAAGGCGCACGGCAUCAACUGCUUCAUCAACCGACAACUUAUCUACAAUUGGCCCGAGCAACUGUUCUCUGAUGCUGGAAUCAUGUCCAUCGAGCAUGCUGACUUUGAUGGGAUUGAGAGACUGGCUUUGGUAACUGGUGGAGAAAUCACAUCCACAUUCGAUCACCCCGAACAAGUGAAGCUCGGCCACUGCGAUCUUAUCGAGGAAGUCAUCAUUGGUGAGGAUACCCUGAUCAGAUUCUCAGGUGUUGCAGCUGGCCAAGCCUGCACUAUUGUCCUUCGUGGAGCAACGGAGCAACUUCUUGACGAGGCUGAACGAUCUCUUCAUGACGCCCUGGCAGUCCUGUCACAAACUGUGAAGGAACCACGAACCACCCUCGGAGGCGGCUGCGCUGAGAUGUUGAUGGCUAAGGCUGUCGAGGGUGCCGCACUCAAGGUUGAUGGAAAGAAGCAGAUUGCCGUUGCUGCAUUCGCUACCGCUCUUCGUCAAUUACCUACCAUUCUUGCCGACAACGCCGGUUACGACUCCAGUGAUCUUGUCGCCAAGCUCCGAACCGCCAUCUACGAUGGGAUGACUACGUACGGCUUGGACUUGCUCACUCCAGGCGGCGGCAUUACAGACAUGCGCGAGCUUGGCGUGAUUGAGAGCUAUAAACUGAAAAAGGCGGUUGUAUCAUCUGCUUCAGAAGCUGCUGAACUGCUGUUGAGGGUGGACAAUAUCAUACGUAGUGCCCCACGGAGACGUGAGAGAUGA